CUAAACUGUACGUGACGUCAUUAGUGUGCGUCGGUCAAACGUGUAAUGUGCGUCGCAUUGUAAGAAGAGAAAAAAUUAUCCAAGUCAGUUUCUGAACAAAUCUUGCGCAUAUACAUUUUUUUUUUUAAAUAUGGAUGAUGAGGAGGAAACAUACAGGCUGUGGAAGAUCCGUAAAACCAUCAUGCAGCUCUGCCACGAUCGAGGCUAUCUGGUGACCCAGGAUGAAUUGGACCAGACUCUGGACGAGUUCAAGAGUCAAUUUGGAGACAAACCAAGUGAAGGUCGUCCCAGGCGCACAGAUCUUACAGUGCUGGUGGCACACAAUGACGACCCCACUGACCAAAUGUUUGUUUUCUUUCCCGAGGAGCCUAAAGUGGGGAUCAAGACUAUCAAGAUGUACUGUCAGAGGAUGCAGGAGGAGAACAUCACUAGAGCCAUCAUUGUUGUUCAGAUGGGCAUGACACCUUCAGCAAAACAGUCUUUGGUGGACAUGGCACCUAAGUACAUUUUGGAGCAGUUUCUACAGCAAGAGCUGCUUAUUAACAUCACAGAGCACGAGCUUGUACCUGAGCACAUUGUCAUGACGAAAGAGGAAGUGACGGAACUUCUAGCAAGAUAUAAAUUGAAGGAAAGUCAGUUACCCAGGAUCCAGGCUGGAGACCCUGUGGCUCGCUAUUUUGGCUUGAAAAGAGGACAGGUAGUGAAGAUCAUCAGACCCAGUGAAACUGCUGGAAGGUACAUCACUUACAGACUGGUCCAGUGACACAGCCCUGCAUCAACAUUUAGGACG